AGUGUGAAUUGGCGGGUUAAUUAAGAUAUGUCAGCAGAAUCUUAUCCAAUACUAUACAAGGGGGUUAUAGAUCCUAAGAUUGUCAAUGAAACAAUUUUAGGAAGUCCUGUACCUGUGGCUCAUUCAACUGCUGGUCAAGAUAAACUUUCAAAUUAUCAUAAACACAAUCAAAUCUACUAUAAUAAUAUUCUAUCACCUUCACCUGCAUUUGAUAAACAAACGUAUAUUAUUCAACCUACUACCAAAAAUAUUCAGUAUGCAGAUAAUAAAGAAUGUAGCAUUCUUAACAUUAAUACAAUAAAGGGUCUGUCAGAUAGUUUAUUGAAUGGUACCUUACAUGUUCGUAGUCAUAGUGAAGAAACAAAGAAAUCGAGUAUUGAGAAUAGACAAAUGAAGCAAAUAGAUACCUUCAAUAUUGAACAAUGUCAUCAUUCACUUACCAAUUCACCAACUGAUAUUGAAGGUGAAAAUCAAAAAAUUCGAUUUGAUGUUUCAGAAUUAAAAAUGCUAGAAGAAGCAUUUAGCGAUUUUGAUUGUGAUACUUCAGAGAAUACUGCUCCAACUCGAGUAUGCGAAACAUUUGCUCAUCGGGUAUCAUGCAAAAGAUCAUUCAUAGGUGAAGAAUGUUCAGAAGACAAUACUACAUCAGUUCCUUCUUUACAAUCAACUGAAGGCAGUUGUGAAGCAGAGGGUAGCAUUGCUGAUGUUCAAGUACAAAAUCCUACCGUCUCCAAACAGUCACCUGUUUCUCCCCUAAUUACUGAACCAUCGACUCCAGUUUCUGAAUGGUAUUCAUCAGAGAAUAUUAUCGACGAUCAGAAGUCUAAACAGUCAUUUCUAAGUCUUCAAACUAAACAAUAUACACAGGUACCAUGCCUUAAAGAUAUAUCAUCUAUUUUGGAAAUCAAUGCAAAUAAAACAAAAUUAAAUAAUAAUUGUCUACCACCUAAAUUGUGUACAACAACAUCAUUUGUAAAGGCAAAUAACAUUGUAUCAUACUCAUCAGUUGAUGAUAUAAAGAAUACUUUAUCGAAUUAUACAGACAAUUAUGAUUUGAAAUAUACAACUACAAAUAUUAAGUUACAGACAACCCCACAAAUAUCAAAAGAUAAUGUAUCCGAUCAAACUUUAAAUACUCAACAAACAAUGAAUAAUAUCAUUGAUACGGAUAGUUUAAAAUUGAAAGAUGAUUCUAUUAAUCAACCAGAUAUAUCACAAUAUGAUAUUAGCUGUUUACAUAUGUCUGACAUCGAUGAUUUACUCGAUAUGAUUACAGCUAAAAGUAAACAAACUGGAUCAAAAUUAACAGUUGAAUAUGAUAAAUUAUCUUCACAAUUGACAAAACAGUUAGCUGCUGUCAGGCAAGUAUUGAAACCUACUGUCAAUAAUCGUAAUAAUAAUAAUAAUAACAAUACUACUACUACUACUACUGCUACUACUACUACUACUACUAAUAAUAAUAAUAAUACAACGGAUUCCAGUAAGAAACUUUCUAGUCUCAAUGGAAAACGAUCAAAUUUCCCAGUAUCUAAGUUGGAAACAAUGAAAGAGAAUAUACCACCUAUGAAUACAUCUUGUUCUAUGAAAGACAAUAUAACUCAACAUUCAGAUCCAGUUCAAUCAUCAGAGUGUAUAAAUCCAAAGACAAAUAUUAUUUCUUUAGAAGUAUCUAAAUUGCAAAAGGUUCCCAUCUUAUCGAAUACUAACUGUUUAAUAUGGUCUGGUGCAAUAUGUGGACAGAUACAUCGACAGCAUUUCCUUAUCAAACAUCAAUUGGAUAGACCGGUGACAAUAUCAUUCGCAAUUCAUCCUAAAUCAGAGGUGUUCAAACUUGUUGAUGAAAAUGGUUAUCUUAUAACAGGAAUUUUCCGUGUACAUUUACCACCGAAUCUUGAGUAUGAAGUUAAUGUGGCUUAUGUGGCAACACAUCCAGUUUCCUGGAAUUUUGGUUACCUACAUUUACGAUUAAAAGAUGAACUACGUAGUUCUACUUCAAAAGUAAGGUUAAUUGGAUAUACAAACUCUAGUCAAUUGGUUUAUUCUUGCUGUUCUAAAUUGAGUGCUAAUGUUUACUGGACUAUAGCUUCUAAAAUAGAUGUUGAUUAUGAAAUUAAUGAAAAAUCAAAUCGAGAAAUUCUUCAUUCUUCAAAAAGUCAUUUAUCUGGAUGCUGUAUAGCUAGUAUAAGUAUCAGUAAUUUUGGUGCAAGAUCUGCUUGGGUCUAUGCUCGUGUAGAAUGGCUUGAUCAGAAGUUUGAAAAACAGGAUGAUAUUAAAGAACACUUUGAUUGUGGUGUUAUUAUUGAACCGAAAGCAUUGGUAAUUGGAUCAAAACAAUCUCAGAACAUUGUUUUCACCUUAAAAUCUGGCGUAAAGGCUGCACGUAUUGUAUUCUAUCAUGGGGAUGAAGUUGUUCGUUAUCAGUUUCGACAAUUAUUUACUGAAUCUCAAAAGAUUUCAUCAAAAAUGAUAAACAAGAAGUCAAAUUGUAAUCGAAAGGAUAAUCAUUUACGUUUAACAGAUAUUUUGGAGAAUUUUGUACAUGAACAGUCUAUUCAAGUUGUUGAGUUACCCCCUGCAUCAUACAAUGAUCUUCGACCACAAGAUUGGCAUCAAGCUAUAAUCGAUCAAGUACAUCAUUGUGAACGUAUAUUUUUAUACAUUUAUGCGUCUAGUGAAGAUCAAACCUCUGAUAACUCUAAUCAUCUUGGAACUUAUUCAUUGAAUUCACUAUCUGAGUCAAUAAUAGACAGUUCAUUGCCUAGCGUUUUUGUUCAACAUGAUGCAUUCAAACAUCGAAAUUCAUUGAAUUCUACUCUUCAAAAUAUUUCUACAACUUUGAUACCACAAUCAUUGACUAGAAAAAUCAGUUUACAAGGAAAAUAUCCAUCGACCAAUCCUAGUUCUAGUAUUUCAACUAGAGAAAUUACGUUUUCACAGUCUCCUAAACUAAAGUUGAGUCCACCACAUAAUUUAUUAUUUCCUCCUUGUGUUUCUGGUUGUUCAUCAGAAGCGUAUUUUUCAGUGAGUCUAGAACAAAGCACAUUAUCUAAUAAUUCAUUAUGGAGAGUAUUUUGGUCAGUAAAUCCUGUAACAGAUGUACAGUUUCGAAUUCCUACAAUAAAUUCAUCAUCUUCAAUUAUCAAGAAAUCUAUUAACGAGUUCAAUGUGUUUCAGUUGUUUCAAUCAAAAAUUCAACAAUACAAUUUCAAUGAAUCUACCUACAAAAUUGGUUUUUUAUCGAAUAAUGUUAAAAAAUCAGAAUUUCAUUCAUUACUUAUACCUUUCAUAUUUAAUCCUUUAUCAUAUUAUGAAAAUACGAUAUAUCAAGAUUGGCAUCUUAAUUUUUGGUUAGAACCAUCGAAAUCAAAUAAAUUUCAUCAGCAUGAAAUUCAAUUGGAUUUAAAUGAUUCAAUAACAUUUCUAGUCACUUUAGAAGGUUCGUGUCGUAAACAUAUAUCGUCAACCAAAGAAUUAUCAUCUCAUCUUCAAAAUUUACAGGAGAAUAAGUUUAAAUAUUCGUCUACACUGAACAAUUCUACACUUCUACCAUCUAUUGAUGAUACUCUGAAAUCUGUUCGUGUAGGUCCACUUGAUAUUAUUGGCUUACCAGUUACGUUUGAUAUCAUAAAUUCGAAGUCUACAACGAGAUCUUGUUCAUAUAAUAUUAUGUUGAUCAAUCGAAUGAAAAUGAUCGAAGCCUUUGUAAAGCUUCAACUCCCCAAUCCACCAUUCCAUAUCAUUGAACCGAAAGAAACACGGUUCCGUAUCUUACCUCGUUCUCGCGUCAAAUUGGUGCUCAGCUUUCAACCGUAUAAUCUAGGCCAUGCAAAUUCAGUUUUAGGAAUCUAUGUUCAAUAUCACAAGCAGGAAGAUACGACUACAGAGAAAAACAAUUGUACUGACAAACCAGUUACGGAUACAUUACAAAUCAAUUUAUUUGGUACAAUGAAUUAAAUUCGAUUUUUGUUUCUUAUAUUUUACCGACUUAUGUAUAUUUUUCUUAUUGUGAUUUUAAUACCUAAUAAAUAUUAUCUAAACUAG